CUGAGCGCACGUACGUUGGUACGCUCCUCGUACGGCUUACGGAACGCAUCGGCGAAAUUGAAUUUCAAAUUUCGAACACCAUCAUGCGCUAUUUGAAAAUUCGAACGACAUUUUUCGAAUUGUGAACGUUUUAGUGAUGUGAAUUUAUCGUUUGUUUUAGCAACUGUUAAUGUUUGUGAUUUAGUGAUAAUAACGACACUAAUUGGUGGAUUAAUGAAUGAUUGCUAGUGAUUUCAGUGCGUUAAUGAUUGAUUGUGAUUUAAAGUGAUACAGUUAUUAGCAGCUUGCCAUAAGAUUUCUCCAUGAUCAAGUCGAAACAUAUCUUUCAAGAAUGAGGAAUUGAAUGCUCGGGUGAUUCUUCAUUCAGCUAUGUAACCACAUAAAACAAAUGUAGUGUCAGUGUAGUGCAGUGAGUGAAGUGAUGAAGUGAAGUGACGAUGGGUCGUGUGGUGCGGACGGGCGCGGCCUGGGUGUGGCUGUCGGUGCUGGCUGCAUUAGGGAGGACAACGGCCUAUACGGAGACUGACGACUUCCUUAGCGAUUUGGAUAAGCCAGUGCCAACGUCCGAUGUGCAAGGCGUGUUGGGAAAGAAAGCGUCUUUACCCUGCGACAUCCAGCCGCUUAAUGCUGAGGAUGAUGUCGUCAUGGUGCUGUGGUUCAAAGACCUGGACGGAGAACCACUGUAUAGCUACGACAUCCGAGGUCGCUCCAUGGCCCAGCCGAAGCUAUGGUCUUCCCCGGUGGUCUUCGGGAACCGGGCCUUUUUCCGAGGAGGCGCCAACCCUGCCGUCCUCAUGAUAGACAAUGUAGCGGCAGUGGACGCUGGCGUCUACAGAUGUAGGGUAGACUUCAAGAAUUCGCCAACUAGAAAUUUGAAAGUUAAUUUUACUGUUAUAAUUCCGCCGAGUCGGCCGACCAUAUACGAUUCGGACCGGCGGGACCGCACGAAGCUGGUGGAGCCUUACAAUGAGGGCUCCAAUGUCAUGCUCAGCUGCGAAGUCGAAGGAGGUAAACCUCGACCACGAGUGACGUGGUACCUCGAGAACGUUGUCAUAGACGAUUCGUUCGACCAGAGACAAGACGGGGUGACCGUCAACACGCUGACGUUCCCUAAUGUUGGCCGCCAACAUCUCAAUGCGAGGCUUGUGUGCCAAGCGUCCAACACCAAUCUAGCGCCACCGGAAACCAAAGUCUUGAUACUUGAUAUCAAUUUAAAACCUAUAACUGUGACGAUACUAACCAAAGAAAAGCAAGUUUCUGCUGACAAGAGAUACGAGAUUGAAUGCAAGACAACCGGCUCCAGACCAGAGGCGUUGGUGACGUGGUGGAAGAACAGCCGGCAGCUGAAGAGGAUGGCCAAGAAUUUCUCAGAAAACAACGAGACACUAAGCGUGCUCAGCUUAGUGCCGAGUGUGGAGGACGACGGCAGGUUCCUGACAUGCAGGGCGGAAAACAAACAUAUAGUCGACUCCGCCAUCGAGGAUAAGUGGAGGCUGAACGUGCAUUAUGUGCCAGUGGUAGAUCUUAGGAUGGGGUCGAAUCUGAACCCGGACGAGAUAAAAGAAGGAGAUGACGUGUAUUUCGAAUGCACCGUGAGAGCGAACCCUAAGACCCACAGGCUUGCGUGGUUUCACGGCAACAACGAGAUCUAUCACAACGAAGCAGCCGGCAUCAUUCUCAGCGCGCAGAGCCUGGUGCUGCAGCGAGUGACGAGGGACGCCGCGGGAGACUACACGUGCAUGGCCGCUAAUAGUGAAGGAAAGGGAACCAGCAACCCCGUCUCUUUGCUUGUUAGAUAUGCACCAAUUUGCGCUGAGAGAAGAGAUGGUGAGCUGUUCGGAGCGUUGAAACAUGAAACCGUCUCCCUCCACUGCUCAGUGGAUGCCAACCCCGCUCUCGUCUCCUUCCACUGGACCUUCAACAAUUCUGGAGAGCAAACUGAAAUUCCCCCAAAGUUAUACAGCAGUUACGGCCACACUUCUACCCUCAACUACACACCGACUACAGACAUGGAAUAUGGGACGCUGGCGUGUUACGGAGAGAACUCCGUUGGACAACAGAAAGUGCCCUGUGUGUUCCAGUUGGUAGCUGCCGGGCGACCCUUCCACCUCCAGAACUGUAGCGUGGCGAACCAGAGCAUCGACUCACUCUACGUGGAGUGCGUGGAGAACUUCGAUGGUGGCCUCCCACAAACCUUCCUAAUGGAGCUAUUGGAACUACCAUCUUUGAUUGUUCGUUACAACGUCUCCACAAACCGAACGCCACCAUACUUCGAGAUCAAGGGUCUACCUCCGGGCGUCAGCUACCGGAUCGACUUGUAUGCCGUCAACGCCAAGGGCAGGAGUGAUGUCUCCACGAUAGAAACUGUCACGCUGAAAGGACAAGCUAAAUUUACUGGCGAAAGCAGUACACUCGGGAUAUCUCCAGUGCUGGCGUCUAUAGCAGCAAUGUCUGCAUUACUGGCCACAGCCGUGUGCGGAGUUCUAGCAGUGCUAUACAAACGACACUCUUCGAGGCAUCGUCAUUUGCCGGCAAAGCAUGCGCCUUUGAGUGAAGCAGUGUACGUAGAACGAGCUGGUCACUGCCCCACUCCAGUGAAACAAGAACUGGAGUCAAGAGCAAGCAGCGCCGAGCCUCGUGAGAGGAUAGGUGCGCGCGGAGCAUUGCUUCACGCGUCUGACCCUAGAGAAGAUGACGCAGACCCUGAUAUCAUACCCUGUUUGUAUGAACGUAGGCCAGUCUCUAACGGGUAUAUGAGUCUUCAACGGCCGCCGUCUGCCAACAAGACGAAACUCAGCGGUGAUGACGUUCGCGCCGAGCCAGAUGGCUCCUACUACACUGAUUAUAGGAAGAAGGACUAUAAGAUACCUUUAACUAGUUCAUACCAUAGUUUAGGCCGCGUGAACAAAGGUGUCAACGCGUGCAGCCCAAGCUCCGUCUCCGGGGUGACAUCCUCCCUCACUGCCCAUAGACUACGACCAGAAGUCGUCACGACGUCCCACAGAGUCCAGGAGUCCUGUAUAUAAACCCGCCGAUGUACAUAGACCCUAAGUAUUGCCUGUGUUCCUUUUAUAGCAUAAUAUUUUGUAAAUUCGUCUUAAUGUAUUGUGAUAUGCUUGGGUUUCGUCCAUGUUUGAUGGGGUAAUCAUGACAUUAACUCUGUAAAUACUUAACUUUAACUUACGAUUAUUUUAUCUCCAUUAAUUUAACUUAAUUCUACAAAUACUCAAGGCGUGAAUUUCAGCGAUUUAAUUGAUUAUAAAAGUGAAGCGGCAAUAAUAAUUUGUUAUAAUUAUUUUUUCACAAAGAGCUACCUUACUAUAAGUUAGUCUUUGUGACUAGAGACCUUAGAGUCACUGAGUCAGAGGAGUAACUAUAAUGAAAAACGAAACGAAAAAUUGCCAUACUACUUUACUAUAGUACCCUGAAAUAUUAGUGGUAAAAUCUGUAAGCUAAAUAUGUAAUUUCAAUAGCUAUAAAGCUCUGUGGUCGAAACAGGCCUGAAACUUACAAUUAUAAAAACAAAUUUCUUGAGUAAAUGAUAAAAAUGCUGUGUACGUGACGUUCCACAUUUUUAGUCACUCAUAUUUUUGUAAUCUGUUCCUCAUAAACUAUUCAGAGCAAUUGUAAACAGACAAAAAAAAACCAGAAGGCACGUUUAGCCGUGACACGUCAAAUAUUUAUUGCACCAGUCAAUUUUGUCGUUAAUUUUAAUCUGCGCAGAUAAAAAGCAAAGUACGCCAAUUUGUCUAAAUGUCUGUAGCGUGCAGGUAAGUCAAUGUUAAAGUGACUGGUGCAACUCACCCUAACAUAUGUCGUUUGUUACAAAAUGUAGCACUGUUAUGAGACAAUAAAAUGACCAGUUUGGUGUACUAGUGAGAUAUUACUGAAGCAAUUGUUAGAAUACCAAAAGUGGGUGAUACCAGAAGUAUGAAGAACAAAUGUUGAACGUCUAUCCUUGAUUGAUACUUGGAACUUGAGUAGAAGAAACGAGAUAGCUUUUGUCUUACCGCCCGUGAUGGUAUUGUGUGGCUAUGAAAACUGCGGAAGGGUGAAUUUUACAACCGUUUCAACGCGGCGUGUGGCGUGUCAUUAGUGUCGCACAUUUUUUAAAAAAUAAAGAAUCAUUUUUUUAAAUUAAUAAUUUAUAAAAUUAACAUUGUUCCAGUACUUUACUUAUUUAUAAAAAAAAAGGAUAAUUAAAUUGAUUACUGUGUAUUGUACAAUUUAAUAAAUACUAAUGACAGCCCGCGGCGGAGUUCAAAACGCACGUGAAAUUCACCCGGAAGUGUUUUUUUAAGAAUUUAUUAGCAGUAAAAUUCUAAUAAAAGUAAGUCUUGCUUGCAUGCUGGUCUGAAAGAGAAGAAAUGGCUGGAGCGAAAGAGAAUUAGAAUAUGCGAUCUGCUUCUCCUCUCGCAGAUUGUAAUAAUCUAUCAAGGAAAAGGGCUUUAAUCUGGAUAUUCUUCUCAUUGGCGAUAAGCUAGCAAUUUAUCAAUCAAUUUUUGUUGAAUCACUAUUUAAUAUCAAUUCCACCAAUAAAAGCCGGUCAUUGAGCUUUGCUUGACAGGGUUCAUAAUUGUACUUUUAUUUUAUAUUUCAUCGUGUCAACUUUGUGGAUGCAAUAAAAUGUUAUGUAUAGAACUAAAGACAGCUAAACGUGGCUUCAAGUUUCUUAACCCUUGGCCCUGUCUAUAUCGUAUCUCGUAAAGACGUGAUAAUGUAUCUGUAUCCGCCAGUUUCAUGGCCCACAUCCGCCAUCGCGACCACACGCGAACUGUCGUUAAGUUGAACGACAGCAUUUAUCUACAGUUAAAAUGAGAUAGCGACGGAUUGUAGUAAGGGCUAUACUACGAUAGGAAACUUUUUCUUCUAUUUGCUUGGUGUUAGUGGCCAGUGAAUUGAAAAUCUGAUCAUUUUAUAGAUGAUUAAUAGUGGCCAGUGCUGAUGUUUACAUUAUGAUAAUCGAAAUUUUAAUUUUAAAAAAUAAAACAAUCAGUAAAAAGGUGAAUUUCACGAGCGUUUGAACGCGGCGUGUAGCGUUUCAUUAGUGUCAGACAAUUUCUUUGAAUAAAGAAUCCCUUUUUUUAAAUUUCAUAUUUAUAAAAUUAACAUUAUAGCAAUACUUAGUUAUAAAAUGGGGUAGAAACAGGCCUGAAACUUACAAUUAUAAAAACAAAUUUCUUGAGUAAAUGAUAAAAAUGCUGUGUACGUGACGUUCCACAUUUUUAGUCACUCAUAUUUUUGUAAUCUGUUCCUCAUAAACUAUUCAGAGCAAUUGUAAACAGACAAAAAAAAACCAGAAGGCACGUUUAGCCGUGACACGUCAAAUAUUUAUUGCACCAGUCAAUUUUGUCGUUAAUUUUAAUCUGCGCAGAUAAAAAGCAAAGUACGCCAAUUUGUCUAAAUGUCUGUAGCGUGCAGGUAAGUCAAUGUUAAAGUGACUGGUGCAACUCACCCUAACAUAUGUCGUUUGUUACAAAAUGUAGCACUGUUAUGAGACAAUAAAAUGACCAGUUUGGUGUACUAGUGAGAUAUUACUGAAGCAAUUGUUAGAAUACCAAAAGUGGGUGAUACCAGAAGUAUGAAGAACAAAUGUUGAACGUCUAUCCUUGAUUGAUACUUGGAACUUGAGUAGAAGAAACGAGAUAGCUUUUGUCUUACCGCCCGUGAUGGUAUUGUGUGGCUAUGAAAACUGCGGAAGGGUGAAUUUUACAACCGUUUCAACGCGGCGUGUGGCGUGUCAUUAGUGUCGCACAUUUUUUAAAAAAUAAAGAAUCAUUUUUUUAAAUUAAUAAUUUAUAAAAUUAACAUUGUUCCAGUACUUUACUUAUUUAUAAAAAAAAAGGAUAAUUAAAUUGAUUACUGUGUAUUGUACAAUUUAAUAAAUACUAAUGACAGCCCGCGGCGGAGUUCAAAACGCACGUGAAAUUCACCCGGAAGUGUUUUUUUAAGAAUUUAUUAGCAGUAAAAUUCUAAUAAAAGUAAGUCUUGCUUGCAUGCUGGUCUGAAAGAGAAGAAAUGGCUGGAGCGAAAGAGAAUUAGAAUAUGCGAUCUGCUUCUCCUCUCGCAGAUUGUAAUAAUCUAUCAAGGAAAAGGGCUUUAAUCUGGAUAUUCUUCUCAUUGGCGAUAAGCUAGCAAUUUAUCAAUCAAUUUUUGUUGAAUCACUAUUUAAUAUCAAUUCCACCAAUAAAAGCCGGUCAUUGAGCUUUGCUUGACAGGGUUCAUAAUUGUACUUUUAUUUUAUAUUUCAUCGUGUCAACUUUGUGGAUGCAAUAAAAUGUUAUGUAUAGAACUAAAGACAGCUAAACGUGGCUUCAAGUUUCUUAACCCUUGGCCCUGUCUAUAUCGUAUCUCGUAAAGACGUGAUAAUGUAUCUGUAUCCGCCAGUUUCAUGGCCCACAUCCGCCAUCGCGACCACACGCGAACUGUCGUUAAGUUGAACGACAGCAUUUAUCUACAGUUAAAAUGAGAUAGCGACGGAUUGUAGUAAGGGCUAUACUACGAUAGGAAACUUUUUCUUCUAUUUGCUUGGUGUUAGUGGCCAGUGAAUUGAAAAUCUGAUCAUUUUAUAGAUGAUUAAUAGUGGCCAGUGCUGAUGUUUACAUUAUGAUAAUCGAAAUUUUAAUUUUAAAAAAUAAAACAAUCAGUAAAAAGGUGAAUUUCACGAGCGUUUGAACGCGGCGUGUAGCGUUUCAUUAGUGUCAGACAAUUUCUUUGAAUAAAGAAUCCCUUUUUUUAAAUUUCAUAUUUAUAAAAUUAACAUUAUAGCAAUACUUAGUUAUAAAAUGGGGUAAAUGGGGUAAUGUCUAUGGAAAAUUUCAUUGACAGCCCGCGGCGGAGUCAAAAUGUUGGUGAAAUUUACCCAAAAACAUUUUCAAUUGGUUAAUUCAUUUAGUUAUCAGGUUAAAGUGAAGCAUUAAAUUAAAAAAAAAACUUACAACCUGUUUUUGUAAAAAUAUGUUUUGUCUUAUUCUAUCAUAUUUAUUUUCUGCAAAAUCUUACACGAUUUUUAACUGUAUAAAUAGGGUAGGUAAAGGCUCGCCAUAUGAAAAAGCCCUUACAUACGGUCGUGCAAGAUGAGAAAGACGUUUCCACAAUUUAACACCCAAAUUGGUCAUUACAAUCGUUCAACUGUC